AGGCUGGCAAACCCGGGGCAGUCGUUUGUUUUGUUCAUCUCUUCCGUCAUGCCCAGGAGUGCCUGUGGGCUAAACAGAAAGCAGGUUCUCCCGCUCUGAAAGCUUUUGUUUUCGGAGGAAAAGCUGGUAUGUCCUUGGCAUCGUCACGUUUCAUUGCUUCAGGGUAUUUACAACACAUGAUGUUGGAAGAGUUCCUUUAAUGUCAAACAUAAGAGUUAUGGCAGCACAUUGGAAGAAAAUGUUGGUGAUCCUUCUAGCAGCUCAAACAUUACUUAUGGGUGAUAGCUUUGAGGAAGAGGAUGUACCCGAUGAAUGGAUUCUUCUUCAUGUAGUCCAAGGUCAGAUUGGAGCUGGAAACUAUAGCUACUUGAGACUAAAUCAUGAAGGGAAGAUAGUACUUCAGAUGCAGAGUUUAAAAGGCGAUGCAGAUUUGUAUGUAUCUGAUAUGACCCUUCACCCCAGUUUUGAUGAAUAUGAGUUACAGUCUGUAACUUGUGGCCAAGAUGUUGUUUAUGUACCAGCCCACUUCCGCCGCCCAGUGGGAAUAGGAAUCUAUGGUCAUCCCUCUCACUUGGAGAGUGAGUUUGAAAUGAAAGUAUAUUAUGAUAGAACAAUUGUAGAUUAUCCAUUUGGUGAGGCUUCCUACAACCCAGAAGAGAUGGAGGCAAGCCAGAAGCGCACUCAUUCACCAGAAGAUCAAUCUCAGGAUGAGGAAUCUAUUUUUUGGACUAUACUCAUUGGAAUUUUGAAACUAAUACUUGAAAUUCUUUUUUAAAAUAAUCAACUGGACAUACACUGGACUAGAGUGCACUUAUAGCCUAUGACAUUGAACAUGAAUGGCUUGCUGUGAGCAUUGGUACUCUUUGUAAAGUUACCUGAAGAGGUAUUCAGGUUACUUUUUCUAUGCUGAAGAGGGGAAAAGCAAAGCCAUAUUUAAUUUUGUAUUGAAGCCCCCUUCCCACCUUCCAGAAGUAAAAUGAGCAGAAAGCACAGUAUUUGUAUAGUUUUCUUUAUAAAGCAGGGUUAAAGUGAAUGUACAAUAAAGGGAAUCUUAUUAAAAGGUAUCACUUUGAACAGGUGCAUAAGAAAAUGGACCUUGAUAAUUCACUGUAUUUUCUAUUAAAGUGACACUUAAUUUUAUACAAAGAAAAAGUUGUAAAAUCUGAAAGGUGCAGUUUUAACAACCCCAUCCAAUUUAAAAUAAAGAACUAAUUUUCUA